AUGCCCAAGACCCCGUCGCCGACGCUGCUCGACGAUGUGGGCCUGCGCCUGGCGCCCCGCGUCGUCAUCGACCCGAAGCCCGUGUCGCUGGCCGAGAUUCUCGCGGAGAUGACGCGCGUCAAGGAGGACGCGGAGGCGAAGCGGCUCCAGCGCGUCGAGAAGCGGCGCGAGAAGCGGCGCGAGGAGCGGCGCGUGCAGUACGGGAGCCGGCCCGUGCGCCACCCGCAGCACUUCGGCGUCGCCAAGUCGCGCCUCUUCGACAGCGAGGGCAAGCCCGCGCGCCAGGCCUGGACCGUCAUCCCUUUGAACCACCACUCGCUCAACGCGCCGCCCGAGCAGCCGCCGCCGCGGGCGACCCAGAAGACGCUCACACGCCCCCAGUCCGCGCCCGCGCUCCUCCGCGGCGCGCCGGCGCUCGCGACGCCCCAGCGGUCGCCGUCGGGGUCGCCCGACCCGCGGCGGGGCCGCGGCGCGCCGUUCCUCGCGACGCCGCGGGGGUCGCCGUCGGGGUCGCCCGACUCGCGGCGGAACCGGGCGUCGUUCCGCCGGGGCUUCGAGUUCGACGAGGAGCCCCCGCCGGAGCCGGACCCCUGGUUCCCCGUGAGCCACACGUCGCGCCGCGACCGGGACCUCGGAUUCCUCCCCAUGCGGAACACGCCCCUGGAGAAGCGCGCGGAGCUCCACGAGCGCGUCGCGUCGCGCGUGCGCGUGCUCAAGGAGAAGAAGCGCGAGAAGGAGAAGAAGAAGGGGCGCCUCGGCGCCGAGGACCACAUCGAGCUGAAGCGCCUCCAGCGGGGCAGGACAAGAGAGCGACAUUCCCAACUUCAAAGGCUCCUUUCUCGGCCGUUUUCCACUCGCCUCCAGGGCCAGCUCGCAGAGCUCAACCUGUGGCACAACCCGAGCCGCACGGCCAAGCUCGCGAAGCGCGCGGCCGCGGCGAAGCGGCGCGAGUCGCCGUCGCUCUCCGCGUCGGGCCUCGACGCCAAGGCCAUCAAGCUCCGGCGCCGCGACGCGGCCUUCGAGGACUCCGACGACGACAUCCACGACCUCGCGCACAACGCGCUCGCGCACCAGGUCCCGGGCGGCCUCGCGCCCGCGGCGCGGCGCAAGUCCAUGGUCAUCUCCGCCUCCGCGCCGGCGCUCGGCGCGCUCGCGGCCGCCAGCGGGUGA